CUCUUGCCAUCACGGGAAUCGUUGGAUUUCCAUCAAUACUUGUUAUAUGACUCUCUGCGGAUGCCGUCUUGAAUAAUUGCCAUUGACCCGUUUGGAGAUUAAAAUCAAAGAGGGGACUUUAGCGAGGAAAGGAAGCUCAACGUCAAAAGAAACCAUCACUGACAAUUUGUAUAUCCGCCGUGCGUACCUGUUGCCUGCAAAAGUUCACUGUAUUGCGAAAGUCAGGUCGCCAGGGACUGCGGACAAAAUUAAAUCCGUGAUACGGAUGCCUGCCGAUCCUCGAUCAUUCUGGUGUACCUUCGGAGACAUGUACCAAUUCAAAUUGUGAAUUGGGCAUGGAAGGGUUUGUCUGGUCCCCUGUAGUGACGAUGGAGGGGCUGCAGCAGAAUGCUCCAAACACGUUCGCCAGGUGAGCAAGACCUGUAGUUCUGGAUGCCCUUCUCUGGCUACAAGGUCCCUGGACUUCAGCAACUGGUGACUAGAUCUGGGUGCUGGCAGAUCCGACAUCAGUGGUGUUGUGGAUCGAUUGUCCAUGAUCUGAUGCAAAUCUUGAUCACAGACAGGCCUUUCAAUAUUCCCAUUUCACAAGUGCGUUUUUGAAUUAUCAAUCUAUCCACGAAUGAUCGGGCGGACGGGCUCCCGAGGACCGAAGCACGCAGCAGCAAGAACGGAAGGGAGCGAGAAUUUGGAGCAACACGGCGUGAUUUAUGUGCAAGAGAGAAUGUGUUGUUCUAGUUGACGACAGCAGGAGGGGAUAGAGAAAUGGGAGCAUCAACUAGCAAGGAGCCCAGGUAUGAGGUGGUAGAUCCGCAGGCUUCGACCUCAGAAAGUCCUCGACCGCAAGUGGGAAGCUUUUCACCCCCUACGCAAGGUCUAGUCCAGCCUCAGAACUCACAAUGGGCUCCGGUCCAACAGGCACCAGCUCCUCCCCUGCCUGUGGGUUGGGAUUUUGCCAUAGAUCCGGCCUCGGGAUACCCAUAUUUCUUCCAUACUCAGUUGCAAAUUAGUCAGUGGGAUGAUCCCAGAGGACCUGGAUUCGGGCUCCCUGAACGAACUGCUACGAGCACUGAUUCGGCACAGCCUCAGCGCGUCAUUCCUCCGUGGGAAGGAGGACCUGCAAUUGGUGUGGACCCUCUCACAUGGCCACUGCCUCCCGGAUGGCAAGAACAGCUGGAUCUCGCAACGAACCAGCGCUACUUCGUGAAUUACGAUGCUCGCAUUAUGUCUUACAACGACCCCAGGCUCGAAAUUGCCAAAGCCUACACGCAGGGCCCGGUGGCCGAGGGCAUUCCGGUAUACUACCCUCCUCCAGCAUAUGGAAGAGUUACCAACACCUCCUACCAGCAGCAAUUCAUACCUCCUUCAGGAUUUGGAACGCAAGGAGCCUCGUCUCCUGGUCACCAGUACAUUCAGCAAUCCUACCCUCCUCCCCCUCCUCCUGCCAAGAAAAAACAUGCUUCCAUGUGGUCCAGGCUCGGGUACCGCCAUGGUAGUGGAAGGGUGAGGAACAACAGGCCUCUGCAAAUGGGUCUGCUUGCAGGCUAUGGAGCAUAUAGCAUUGGUGGUGCACGUCCUUCAUCUUCUUCCUCUUCCUCGUCUUCUUCUUCUUCCGAUGACAGCGACGACGAGGGAGGAGAUUCACGCGGUGGAGAUGCUUUCGGAGGUGCUGCUGGAGGUCUUCUGUUCGCACAAGCUUUCGGAGAUGACGGUGAUGAUGGAAGCUCUGCGGGCUUGCUGGACUUUGUAGAUAGCGGGAUCAGCAUUGGUGACCUGGACGCAAUUGGAGAGUACGGUGGAAAUCCUGGAGAAGUUGGUGGUGAUGGCGGUGAUGCUGCUGGUAUUGGUGCGAGUGGUGGAGGAUCUGGAGGCGUCUCUGCUUCUGGUGACUUCGAUCCUGAGCAAUCCUUUGGAGGGUGGCAAUCUGAAGAGAAGUUUUCCUUUCUCAAAUUAUGGAGCACUGCUUCACGGUCGCAUCCGAGCAGCCAAGUGGGCAGAUUGUGGAUGUUGGAUGGAUACUCCAGACUUGUGAUUGUCCUCACUUUACUGGUGGGAGUCUACUUUGGAGCUUUCGAAGGCCUCCUAUCUCUUGUCUUCGCACUUACUGGAAAACUUCUUCUGUUAUUGCGCAAAAGCAAUCAAGUAACAAGGGUGCGUAGAAAGACAGCGCGCAAUAUCCGCAACAUCGCUCGCUGGGCGUUCGGGAAAGGAUCCACUGUAACUCGUGUCAGGUCAUCAUUGUCAACGACACUGGCUGAAAUGCAGGCAUGGUUCUACGAGCACGUGUAUGACCAUCCAUUGGUGAAACUACGGGUGCUUACUGCAAAAGAUGAAGCAGGUCCGUUACAUAGCAGACUACCCCUACGACCGAGAGAAAUUACAAUUGUUACACAGGCUUCAGCAGAUCGGUUGCCUGCAAUCGAAGCUAUGGCAACAUCCUGGGGAGGUGCAAUGUGCGUUGCUAUACAUAUUAGCAGUAUGUCAGAGCUAAAGCAGCUGUAUCCAAAAUUGCGUGAUUUGCACGCGAGAAUUGAAGCACAACAUCAUUGUAGACUAGACGUCUGUGUGGCGACGGAAGAUGGUCUUUCAACUGAUACUCCAUCACCAGCUGCUCUGUAUCCAAUAAACGCAAUGAGAAAUCUGGCACUGAGCAUGGCUGCCACGGAGCUCGUUUUCAUUCUCGAUGCUGACUUUGUACCUAGCAGAGGAAUGCAUGAUGUACUCACAGGUGACGAGAAGCUGUAUUCUCGACUUCUCCGAAUGGCUAUAGAAGACCGGCAGUUGUUAGUCAUACCUGCCUUCGAGUCCACAACAGGAAAAUCUGAGGUCUUGGAGCGGUCAAGAGUCAGCUAUCCUACUUUAUACCAAGAUUUACGUGUGAAGUGGAUGGAAGGAGCAGCCACAGCAUUUCAUUGCUCUCACUUUCCGAGAGGACACAAGCCUACCAACUAUGAGCGGUUUCUCAAUCCUUCAACGUCUGGCCCAUAUAAAGUUCAAUACAGGGAAUAUUACGAGCCAUAUGUUGUGUGCGCACGAGAACUGAUACCUCCCUUCGACGCCCGUUUUAGAGGUUACGGAUUGAAUAAAAUAUCUCAUGCAUAUCAUUGUGCCACCAAGGGCAUGGGCUUCACCGUCCUCCCUCGAGUUUUCGUCUGGUCCCUUCCUCAUCUCAAGUCUCAAUCUUGGACAUACACUUUCGGAGCAAGAAAGGACCCAGCGCAAAAGCUCAGAAUUCUCGGCCUCUAUCGAAAAUUUAAGAGUGAGGUCCAGAGACAGCGUAGAUUUAACCCCGGCGGAGGGGACGAUCUGAGAUUGGAGCUUUUGGAGGUCAGAGUUGAACAGCCUCCACAGGAGCGCCAUCAUGCAUAUAGUAUGAAACAGGAAUUGACGAAUGGUCAUGUGAACCAGAAAUCUAUGUGGAGUAUGGGGAGUUUUGUGGAUUGAUGAUAUUUUUUCUUGGCCAUCCUCGUCGUAUUGGCCAUGCACAGGUUUGAACACUAGACAGUUCAGAAGAGAGUUGCUUGCGUGCAGGUACGAUGGUGGCCUUCAGCCCACCACUUGAGUUGCUCCUUGACAGCCCCUGGAUUUGAGAGAUUCUUUGGACAGACACCACUGAUUUGUAUGUAGGAGUUUUAGUAGAAACAGGUGACUAGCAAUGUGCUCACCCGAUCGAAUUACCUUCUAUACCCAGGAUAAUCUAGGGUGACGAAGAUCGCUUGUCGGCAACAGAAAUUACAACAAAUUUUAGAUACUCUUUUUAGAUCCAAAGCUCUGCAGGACAUGUAUGAAUGGUUAAUCAACCAUACAUGUCUUAGAUAGUGUUAGAACUCAAUAGAAAACAUGCAGGUGAAUACGCUGAACGCCAACUGCCAAGAUCGGAUCAGGGGCCUAUCGUUGCUGCGUUGUUGGAUAUUGAAGAUUCUUGCUCUCUACUACUUGAAACAGUUUUCAUCAUGCAGCUAUCUACUCUGGGCGAAGGAUACGUGGUUUUAGAGUGGCGGAGUAGUUGGAAAGUUGGGCUACACUCUGAAAGUACGUUGCAGCAGUAACGAAGUUUGAGAAUGUACAGUAGUUCUCGUUCAUGACGCCACCAUUCUCAUGCUCUAAAAUCUAUAAAAGCCCUCAAAAAGAUGCAGUAUACGAACGUUUUUCAC